GUAAAGGAUUCGGUUCUGGUUCGUCAAGAGAAGAGGCGCCAAGAGCUCUGAAAGGCGCUGGUGUGAAGGUCGUGAUUGCAAAGAGUUACGCGUAUAUUUAUGGUCGCAAUCAGCCAAAUAUGGCACUACUAGGUGUAACGGUAGACGAUGAAGAGUUUUACACACUUGCACAAGAAGGAGUUGAGGUAACAGUUAACGUCAAAGAUCGAAAGGUUAUUUGUGAUGGAAAAGAAUUCAAAUUUGAAUUGUCUGAAAUGGAAGAAAAAUUAAUUGCCGCGGGUGGAGUGACCGAAAUGUAUAAAAAAUAUGGUAUCAAUUUAUUCAGAGUGGCUAUUUCUAGUUCCGAGUCCGGACAAUCGAGUUGCGCCUCUGAGGCUACACUGGAAGACAAAAGUUGUGGAAGUGGUACCAAAGAGUUGGUUUGGUAA